UAGUUAGACCUCGCGGCACACAACCCUAGGCCCAGAAAGAAAACCCAGAGGGAGCUGUCACUUCCUUGUCAUUCUUUAUUUUUAAAAUAGCAUAAAGAGUUCUUUAUUUUAGUUGUUUUCGUUAAAUGACAGUGCUCAAAGUUUUCAAACAGUUGUUAUAUUAUAAAUAUUGACCAAAGGUCCCUAUUAAAAGUAUAACUGGAGCAACAGCGUUGAUCUCAGUGCUGUAGACUGAAUUAUGACCUUUUCUUUCUCUAUGUAGGCUGAUCAGCUGACUGAAGAGCAGAUUGCUGAAUUCAAGGAAGCUUUCUCCCUAUUUGACAAAGAUGGCGAUGGCACCAUCACAACAAAGGAACUUGGCACUGUCAUGAGGUCACUGGGUCAGAACCCAACAGAAGCCGAAUUGCAGGAUAUGAUCAAUGAAGUGGAUGCUGACGGCAAUGGCACCAUUGACUUCCCAGAAUUUUUGACUAUGAUGGCUAGAAAAAUGAAAGAUACAGACAGUGAAGAAGAAAUCCGUGAGGCAUUCCGAGUCUUUGACAAGGACGGAAAUGGUUACAUCAGUGCGGCAGAACUGCGUCAUGUCAUGACAAACUUAGGGGAAAAACUAACAGAUGAAGAAGUAGAUGAAAUGAUCAGAGAAGCAGACAUUGACGGAGACGGACAAGUCAACUAUGAAGAAUUCGUACAGAUGAUGACUGCAAAAUGAAGACCUACUUUCAACCUUCCCCCCCCUCUAGAAGAAUCAAAUUGAAUCUUUUACUUACCUCUUGCAAAAAAAAAAAAAAAAAUCAUUUCCUCAUUCUGUUUCUAUAUAGCAAAACUGAAUGUCAAAAGUACCUUCUGUCCACACACACAAAAAAUCUGCAUGUAUUGGUUGGUGGUCCUGUCCCCUAAAGAUCAAGCUACACAUCAGUUUUACAAUAUAAAUCCUUGUACUACCUUAAUGAUAAGGAAGCACUCAGUGGACUCCUUGCAGCUCCAUUUGCUAAUGAUUAAGACACUGUUUGGGCUGGCCAGUUUUUCAUGCAUGCAGCUUGACAAUUGAGCACAGUCAGGCAUUUGUAUUAAAAACGAAAAAUGAAAAAACAUUCAAAACCUAUUCAAAUGGGUUCUAGUUCAGUUUGUUAGUAUAAAUUGUCAUAGCUGGUUUGCUGAAAGCAGACAUUUAAAAUUGGUUUACCUCAGGAUGUGUGUAGAAAAAUGGUUGAAGAAUAAACUGUCUAGACGUAGACCCACUAACAGGAUGGUCCCUCUUGUGCCCCGACCCAUGGUGAUGGUGACACAUCCUGGUGGCAUGCCCCACGUGUGUUGGUUGGUUUAGCGUUGUCUGCAUUGUACUUAGAGCGAAAUGGGUGUCAGGCUGUCACCAUUCACACAAAUUUUUAAAACGAAACUUUUACCAAGGGAGCAUCUUUGGACUCUCCGUUUUUAAAACCUUCUGAACCAUGACUUGGAGCCAGCAGAGGUAGGCUGUGGCUGUGGACUUCAGCACAACCAUCAACAUUGCUGUUCAAGAAACUACAAUUUAUGUCCAUUCCAAGUUGUAAAUGCUAGUCUUUUUAUUUUUUUUUCCAAUAAAAAGACCAUUAACUUAAAGUGGUGUUAAAUGCGUUGUAAAGCUGAGAUCUAAACGGGGACAAGGCAGUUGGAGGGGAGGCCAGUGCACCUUUAACUGCCCCAACCCAGCAUUGGGUUUCCCUCCCUCCCUCCAGCAUCCCAGCACCAACCUCUGAGCUGAGACCUUGCCUAAAACUAAGCAAAUACUGGCUGCUUCAUCAUGUUUAUGGACAUGUAGGUCUAUUGUGUUUUCACCGGGGGGAGGGGGAACAGUGAAUCAUGGUAACUUAAUGAUUAUUCAGGCAGUGGAGCUCUUAAUGAAGGAAAAAAAAACCACUUUCUCUCAAGCAUGUAUUUAGGGGUUCGUCUCAGUUGUGCUGCUGAUUACCUGUUUUAUGUAACUACUUGAGACCAUCUGUGCAAGAGACAUGAUUUAGUGUGUCUGUAAUUCAAUCCUCGCUGUGUGUGGUAGAAGCAGUAGUCACUUUUCUAAGCCAGUCUCUUCAUGUCUAAAAGACACUACCAGUCACCUUUUGAUUCACAAUUUUUAAGUUAUGAUUAUAUCCACCUUAGCCGCCUUUUACUUUUUUAAAAAACUUGACUUGACUUUGCUUUUUUCCCCCAUGUAGAACUAAUGGUAGCCCUCAGCUUAAAAGUAAAAAACCACCCAGGAGGGAAUCUUGUGUCUAAUUAUAAACCUGUAACCAAAACGAAGAUGCUGGUACUGGUCUUUGCAGUGGGAUUGGUCUGCUUAAAAAGCCCCUUUGAAGGCAUGUUGAAUUUUGCAGAACUCUUUGAAAUGAAGGCUGGAUGUGCAUUUUUCAGGGUGUUAACUGGUUGUAUCUUAUUAGCAAGGAGGUUUGGGUUUUGAGUGUUUGUGUGGGAGGUUUUAAUUUGCCAGGGAACAGUGGCAGGCUGCUUGCGAGGCAGCGAGAAGCUCUUGGCAGCCAAAUGGGUGCAUUCAGGGCUGAUUUAUAGAGACCCUUUGGCUUCUCCCUCUCCUACUCCCCGUCUUUCUGGCAUUUUGCAGCUUGUUAGGUUUCCUGCCAGAGGGGUGGGUCAGAGCAGUGGAGAGGAGCCUGCCCAACUGCCUCUGCGGCUGGUCCUUAGACUCUGGUAAAAGGCAGGUUCAUGUCAUGAGCUGGGCUUGGCUUUCAUGCUUUCCUGACUCUGGAAGGAUCACCUAAGAAUACCUUGGGGAUUCCGGUGAGAUAGGAGUACCGAGGGCUCCUGGUUUGAAUAAAGUAUUGACCUGGUUGUUUCUUGCAGGGAGGUCCAAUAGCCUGACUGUUGACACAGUCUCAGGCCUGUGGCAGAUGACUUCUGGGUGGUUUCAAAGAGGGCUGGGGGUCACUUGUUGAAAACUUUGUCUUCUAUCUUACCCUUUCAACCAAGUCUUUUUCUAAAAGCUGGGUGGACUCCAUUUCAGUGGUCCCACGGUCUUUCCUAAAAGACUGCCUUUGAAACCAGAUUCUGAUAGGGCCAGGAUCCUGUGUGGGAACCAGAAGCUCUUCCCCAAGGGACUGCCGUGUUGCGGCGGUUUUUGGCGCAGAGGUGCGGCUGAGUCCACUGGAGCCUUUUUCCUCUGGCAUUUGAGGGGACGACCAGCCAGGGGUUAGGUGUUCGCAGUCUGUGUGAAUUUGAGAGAGGAAAUAGCUGGAUGUUGUGGCAGUAUUUUUUAAGUUGGUUAGCACCUUCCUGUAAACUCUUGCCCCUACUUCUAACUGCUCUAUAAAUAUACAUAUAUAUAUUUAUAUAUAUAAAGUGACUAGUUUAACUGGCAUCCCGCUUGAGCCUGAGACUUGCCAUAAAAAACUGCUGAGUACUUGGCACUUUCAUAGUUUCGUUCUCCAUCUGUUUGGGGUAGGUGUUGAGCAAGGCAAAUGUAUCUUGAUAUUUCAGAUGGGCUUUUAAUGCACUGUUGCCAAGGAAGGCUUUUUCUGAUUUUUUGACAAAUGAAUUUUUGCACACUUUAAUUGGUGUCUUUCAGCAACUUAAACACAUUGAAAAUUAGCUACUGUACAUAUUUUUAUAUUCUCUUUAUAAAUGCAUGUCUGACUGUACUUGUAACCAUAUUGUAAUGAGUGGCUGUCCAGUAGGCCCUGCACUGCUGUGGCCUGUCAGAGUAGCAGCAUAUUAUUGGCCUCUCAGCAUACUGGGAACGUCUUCCUAAACAAAGAAUGUAAAUUUGGUCAGUCUGCUCUUUGUUCAUUCAAUUAUUUUAAAUAUUCGAACUAAUUACUGUAUAUCUCAAAUAAUCCUUUUAUUGUAUAUCCUAAAUUUAUCCUUUCGGCAGUGACUAGAUUCCACGAAUGUGUCUUAAUCUAUCCCUUCAGCUAACAAUGACUAUUUUCUUUUUUUAUCCCUUGAAGUUGUCCUGUAGGAGACACUUUGCUGUCUGUAUCCCUUGGAGUGAGAAGGUAGUGGCAUGGGUGGGGCGCGUGUUCUUUCUCCAGAUCUAUUACAAUGUUCAUUCAACACGUCUGUAGCAAAGAUGGUGGUAGUUCUUUUGUUACUGAAGUUUCCCUUCACCGUGGCGAUUUGCAAAGGAGAUGUACUUGAACGUUUCUGUAAAUCUUAAGAUAAACUGUUUGGAGAUUUUACCACCUCUCUGAUGGGGGACCAACUCUAUGGAAAUUGUAAAUAAGUUUUAUUUAUAAACCUGGCACUGUAUUCAAUAAACAUUUCUGCAGCCUUUCAUCUCUAA